AGAACUCUCUGAGCUGUACAACGUACACACAGCUUCAGCAUGGUACAGAUAGAGACCAGGGAGAGAAAUUUUGUGUCAAAGGUGCUGUCCACUGUGACUGUUCCUGGUGGCACGGACUGGUCCUCGGCCACGCCCCUGAUGAAGACCAAGGGUACCACCCAGGACACUGACGGCUCUCAGAAGUUAAUCAGUUACAAGAUGACCCCAAAACCUCCACCAGAGCCCCUGCCCUUUCCGCUAAACGUGAUCACGCUGUGUUUCCGGGGCAACAUGAAGUAUGUGAUGUUCCCGAUGCUCAUGGCUACCAGCCUGGGUCUGUUCCUGGCCUUCAGUAGAGCUGUUUCCUCCACACACGGACUUAACAAUGACUAACCCUUCUCAGUACAGCCAGCUGGUCCAACACGUGGUCAAGCGGUUUUAUGGGCGGCCCGAGCUGACGAAUCAGAUGUCUGCCUUCACACCGCGGAAGACAAAGCAAUGGCAACUGGACUCUAGCUACUACCUGGUGGCCGGCCGGACAUGCGCAGACGACGCCAGUCCUCUGGUAGUGGUCACUGUUCUGACAUUGCACAAACACGCCGCUCAGAGACAGGCCAUCAGAGACACCUGGGGGAGUCUGGCAAAAGGAAAGGCGUGGCCGAACCAAAGGAUAUACGGCACUGUGCGUCUCGUGUUUUUGUUGGGCGUCAGCUCACGUGACGAUGAGAACAACAUGGCGUCACAGGAAGCGGAAACACAUGGCGACCUCGUUUUGGCAGACUUUCCAGAAGGCUACAAUGAACUGACCAGAAAAGUGCUGACUGGAUUCAAGUGGGUGGCCAAGUUUUGUCCUGGUGCGAAAUACAUUUUGAAAACUGACGAAGACAUUUUCAUCGAUAUGCCGAGACUGCUGGCGGUGCUGUCCAGCCAAGAAAUGACCAACACCAUAUAUGGUUCGGUGUCUCUGAGUGACCAAGUUGUACGAGACACGUCAUCGAAGCAGCAGGUGACGAAAGAGGCCUACGCUCCGGAGUUCUACCCACCUCACGUCAGGGGCACCAUGUACGUUCUCCCAGUCUCAUUAGCCAAACAGAUUGUGGACGUAGCCGAGUACCUCCCUUACGUAGGCUUAGAGGACGCUCACAUCACUGGCACACUAGCCAAGGUGUUGGAAGCCAGGCACCUCGACAUACCCGAGAGGCUCUACGACCGGACAGCCGCCAAGAAGCCAGAGCCCUGCGAUUUUGUCACGGGCACAAGGCUCCUGUCUCAGGGCGUCACGCCUAAGUUGGCCCACGCUCUGUGGGAGAAGGUGGCCAAUCCGGGAGAGUGUGGCUCGCCGGACGGACAGAAGGAGGGGGAGAAAGUGUGAGGAGUUGUGGGAGAGGUUGGGGAAAAG